AUGUGGCAGGAUCGCAACCCGGAAAGCCCAGUUGCCUCGCCAAGGUGGACCUCCGAAGACUUCGUUCGGCUGCAAGGGGUAGUGAAAGACCUUGGAGACUUGAAUCGUCAGCUCAUGGCUUUCACCGCCAGCCCGGACGAGCUUGACGAGGAAGUCGAAGUUGAGGUCGAGGUUGAGGACGAGCCGGUGGAGGAGCAGAAUGUGAAGUCGAAAGCCCCUUCAUUGGCGGAUGUGGCAACACUUCCAUCCGGUAUGCCGCCCAAUUGGACGCCUCUCAUGGUGCUCGUGGACAGUCCUCCUGGACAAUUGGGUGGCAUUGAAUACGCGUACAGCAUGCUUUGCACGCUGCUCCAGCACAUGAGCGCUCAAGGUGCCUACGCUGUUAUGGUGACCACUGUGCUGUGCUGCAAUGCUCCUGGCAAUGGCGUGGUCUGA